AUGGCACGCAUUGUGGUACUGUUUCUCUUUCUCGUGGUGCACUGUGUCGUGUCGUGCACGAGUAGUAGUAACAAGGAGGGAAGUCCUCUGAUUGCGGCCUCAAGGAAACUGAACGAAUCAUCCUGCCACCCAAAGGAGCAGCUGCGACCACCAAGGAUUUGCAUCGGAGACGGUUGCCUGCUGGGCACGUUUAUGGACGGGCUGAAGGCGGGUCCGUUCGAGGCUUUCUUCGGCAUUCCGUUUGCCAGGCCCCCGGUUGGUGAGCUGCGCUUUGCGAACCCGGUGCCCAACGACCCAUGGACCGAGGAAACCUACAAUGCAACCAGCGAGAAGUCAAUGUGCCUCCAAAGGAACGAUCUGCUAGCGGAUCCCACCGUCCAAGGCAGUGAAGAUUGCCUCUAUCUAAACGUCUACCGACCGAAGGGCUGCGAUAACUCUACCCGGAAGCUUCCGGUCAUGGUGUACAUCCACGGCGGAGGGUUCUUCGCCGGCACGGCUAGCCCUUGGGUCGUGGGCCCCGAGUACAUCAUGGAUACCGGUCGUGUCAUCCUCGUAACCAUCCAGUAUCGUCUCGGGGUGCUCGGAUUCCUCUCGACCGGCGAUGCGGCCGCUCCGGGAAACUUUGGCCUAAAGGAUCAAACGCUCGCGCUGCAAUGGGUACAGCGGAACAUAGGCCACUUCGGUGGAGAUCCACGUUUGGUGACGAUCGUUGGGCAAAGUGCGGGAGCAACGUCGGUUCACAUGCACAUGAUCAGUCCGCUCAGUCGGGGCUUGUUCCAGCGAGCCAUCAUGAUGAGUGGAAACGCGCUCGUACCUUGGAACAUUCCGACCGAGAAUCCGCUCACGCUGGCCAGGGCUACGGCGCGUGUGGUCGGUGUAGAAGGCAGCGAGAAACUUUCCACCCGUAAACUAAUCGAAGCACUGCAGACCGUACCGGGCGAGAAGCUUGUAGCGAAUACGAAGCUACUGAAGAGUUGGUCCAUCGAUCCCCUCACGCUCUUCCGGCCGGUGGUGGAGUCAAGGAACUCACCCGUUGCUUUUCUCGUGGAAAAACCGACUGUGAGCUGGCAAACCGGUAAAUAUCAGCAGGUACCGUGGUUGGCCGGGUUCGUGCCCAACGAGGGUGCCGUACGAGCACUGGCGAUCUUCAAGAACGAGCAGCUCUUGAGCGAGCUCAAGAGCAACUUCACCACCAUCCUUCCAAUCCUGCUGGAACGGCCACCCUCCAAUACACUGUUCGAGCGCGUUCGGUCGCGGUUCUUCAAGGAUUCAACCCCGGCCGAGCCCAUUCGUUCGGAGGAUUUACAAUCAUUCAUCGAUCUCUACAGUGAAGCGGCGUUCACCUAUCCAAUACAGUUGGGAGUGAAGCAAUACGCGGCCAUCGCCGACACCGUCCAGGCACCGGUCGGGGUGUACAAAUUCUCCUUCAAAGGCCGCUACUCCUACUCCGCCAUCUAUGCCGCCGGGGACACCGGCGACUACGGUGUGGUUCACUGUGACGACCUUAACUUUCUCUUCCGAUCGCCAGCGAUCUUCCCGGACUAUCCUGCCGGAUCGCCCGAGCUGCGGAUGGUAGACACAUUCGUUAACUUUUUCAUCGACUUCGCCAUCAAUGGUCGCUCAACACCGCUCGCCCCGUACCGCGAAUGUAAGAACGAAAACCGAAUCUACCAAUCGAUGGACUGUGACGUACAGGAGUUCACGCGCGACGGGGAUAACGUUAAGGUGAAGGUGUUCAACGGACGCAACGAGGAUAUGUUUGCCUUCUGGAAGGAUUUCUACUGAUAAAUCCACUUCCCACUUGUUUGGUGAUACCGAUUAGUUUUUACGGAACGAACGUGUAACGUCAUUGUGAUACUUAAAAACGUCAACACUGCUGAUUCUGUCAAAAAGUAAACAAGAUCGAAGGGACAGCGCAAAAAAAACCAAUGG